AACAUGGGAACUGCAAACCAGACAGCUGAUUCUGAAUUCCUUCUCCUGGGGCUCACAGAUGACCCAGCCCUACAGCCCCUCCUCUUCUGCCUGUUCCUGUCCAUCUACCUGGUCACCGUCCUGGGAAACCUGAUCAUCAUGCUGGCUGUCAGCUCCGACGCCCGCCUCCACACACCCAUGUACUUCUUCCUCUGCAGCCUCUCCUUCACCGACAUCUGUUUUGGCACCACCACCAUCCCCAAGAUGCUGGUGAACCUGCAGACGCGGGACCGCAGCAUCACGUACGCGGGCUGCCUCACUCAGGCCUGUGUUGUCUUGCUUUUUGCCGGCCUGGAAAACUGUCUGCUCGCAGCCAUGGCCUAUGACCGCUAUGUGGCCAUCUGUCAGCCGCUGAGCUACACGCUGGUCAUGAACCCCCGCCUGUGUGUCCAGCUCCUUCUGCUCUCGCUGUGCGUCAGCCUCGCCAACGCCCUCCUGCUCAGCCUGACGGCGCUGCGGCUGGCCUUCUGCACACACCUGGAGAUCCCGCUCUUCUUCUGUGAACUUGCCCAGGUCAUCGAGCUCGCCUGCUCUGACCCCUUCGUCAACAACCUCCUGGUCUACGUCGCAGCUUGCGUGUUUGGUGGCGUGCCUCUCGCCGGGAUCAUCUUCUCCUACACUCAGAUAGUCUCCUUGGUUUGGAGAAUGCCAUCUGCGAGGGGAAGGCACAAAGCCUUUUCCACCUGUGGGGCGCACCUGUCGGUGGUCUCCUUGUUCUAUGGAACGGGCUUGGGGGUGUACAUCAGUUCUGCGGUGACCGACUCCCCUGGGAAGAGCGCAGUAGCCUCGGUGAUGUACUCUGUGGUCCCUCAAAUGGUGAACCCCUUUGUCUACAGCCUGAGGAAUGAGGACAUGAAGGCAGCCUUGAGGAGCCUCACCCAGCGGCGGCCUGCCCUUCUGUGA